UAACAGUUUAUUUUAUUUAUUAUAAAAACAAAAUGAUAUAAAUAGGCUAAAAAUAAGUGUCGAAAACGUUACAUCUUUCAACACCAUACAUAGCAGAUCAAAUCAGAAGUUCAACAUUGACUAAAUUGAAAAUUUCCAAGACGAUUCUCUAGGUAUCUAUUUGUCUAGUAAACUAUAUUGAAUGAAUUUAAUAAAGAGAAAUGUAGUCAUUUGAAAAUGAAUGAAUGAUACCGAUUUAAUAAUAUUAUUUCGAUUACAUAUUUAGUUAACAUUGAAUUAAUAUUAUUAGAAAUAAACAUAUAUAUGAAUGAUAAUAUGAGAAAAAAUAGUUACACAUCUAAUUUCUUGUCAUAGCGUUAACUAUAUCUCCGAGAUGAAGAAUCAUAAUUAUGAACGCUUUCAAGGUUUCCUUUGUCUUACCUCGAUCUAAUCAUAGCCAAAACAUGAGCUUGAAAACUUUACAUCAGUUGAGAUACUACUACUCUUGUUAAAUAAACUUGUAUAAAAAAAAGAAUAUUCUUCUUUUAUAUAUGUCAUUUCUGUUCUUGUGCAUAUGAUGCAUACACAUAAUUUCUUCGAACUAUAAUACCAGAAAAUUAUGUUCAUUAUGAUCAUGAUUGUAAAAAAAAAGAGAUCUAUGUAUGUAACUUUGAAUGCUCUUAAAUGUGGUUUUUAUUGAUGAAAUUGUUCCAAAAUUCACUGCUGCAAAACUGGUCGAUGUUUAACUUCUACUAUUUCUUUAUUUCGAUGAAAUGAUAGAUAGAAUGCUAGUACGAUUAUAAUCAGUAAUAGAUUAGAAUGAUUAUAAAAUCUAUGUACAUUUAGAAUUUAAUAUGUAUUUCUUUUUAUUUUGAAAGGUAGCUUUAAUUUUAUAAAAUCAAUCUCAAGAAAAUAUUAUAAUUUGAUACAAUUGGACAUGAUUAUAUUGCUAAGAUGGAGAUUUUUUUGUCAUCAUAGAUGCUAUUAGCUUCAAAGUUUACAAUAAUUAAGCACUAAAUUGAUAGAAUAAUCUAACAAAACAUUGAAAAAAUUUGCUCUUACUAUAUGCAAGAAGUAUGAAUUUAAAUUGUUUCAAAAUUUCUGAGACACCCUAUAUCAUUUUUACGAUAUGAAUUUUUACAAAGAGAUAAUUUCGUUUUCAUCUUCAUAGUGACAUCGAUAUCCUUAAUGCUUCUAUUUAGACUUCGUCUACAUUUUCAACAAUUUCAUUUUAUUACUAUGCAUACGUAACACAAUACAAUGCCCAUAGUGUGGGAAUAUCUCAUAUUGUGUUUGGAUAUGGAAUAUACAAUAUAUAGUUUGGAAAACAUCUGUAUGAACAAAUUUGAAAUGAUUUGACUUUGUUUUUACUCUUCUUGACGUAACAUUCCAUUUAGAACUUUAGUAGUUCAAUUGUAAAUUAUUGGUCAUUUCAAAUGGCAUGGAUUUAAGUGAUCAAUAAAAUAGAUGGUAUGAUCAGUAAGAAAAGAUAUUAUAAAAUCGGUUGAUUGAAUGAAUGAUCAGUUAUAUAUUGAAGUACCAGUAAACUAUUUAAGUGAUCAGUUAUUAAAUGAAAAGGCUAUGUACAGUAAAACCUCCAUAAAUGGGCACCUCUAUAACAAGGGCACCUCCCAUCUCUCAAAGUGGACACUGUCUUUUACGAUGCACUCUACAAUUGAACCUCUCUUGUAUGGGCAUUUACAAUGAAUAUACCAAUUAUUACACUAUUCUUUUUCGUUUCGUCGCUCUUUGUUAUUCUGUGAAUAGGAGAGAGAAAAGUUCCGUCCGUCGUAACAAACAAAAUAACUCAUCUCUACAGUUCUAAUUGUCUAGUCAGUGAUAAAAAGAGUAUAAAUAGUCGUGUCAUUUGUUGUUUUUUUUUAAAAUCAUUGAAAAAUGACUUCGUGCCAUUAUGUUUCACUUGAUAAGAAAAUUGCAUUGAUCAAAUAAUACAGAGAAUCCAUUCACAAUUGAAGAUGUUCAUCACGAUCAAGACUCCAAAGAUACUAAAAUUAUCGAAGAACAACCUCCAUCAGUCAUUGAGUCCUUUGAAAUGGUUCGAAAACUGCAUCUACUCGCCUGUACUCGUGAACCAGAACUUCAUCGAUUCGUCGCUGCUUUAAAGUCAAAACUAGUCGACAUUUACAUUGAUGGAAGCAGUAAGAAGCAAACCUCAAUCACAAAAUAUUUUCAAAAAACUUCAUUGUAAAUAAGGUAAUAGAAGAUAAACUUAGUUGAAAAAAGAUUCUAAUCGACAAAAGUGCAAUUUUAAUACAAUCAAAAUACUAAGAGCGAAUCGAGAACAUAUAAGUAGGACUGCUGUUUAUGGUUUAGCUGGUGAAUAACGUACUAGUGGUCGAUAUAUGUAAACUCUAUAAUACGGGCACCUCCGUAAGGUGGGCGAUUUGAAAAAGUCCCAUUGGUGUCCAUCUAAGGGAGGUUUUACUGUAUAUCUGCCAAGUGCAGCAUACGUAUGCUUUUCUUUUUUUCUCUCCCUCACGUUUAUCAUUGUGUUAACAAGUAAAAAAGAUGCCAGUGGUCCAAGUUGCUAAAUAUGUGAACGAUUUAUCAGAGGAAGAAGUCCAAGAAGAAAAUAAGAAACAGCAAAAGGAAAAAAAAAAGAACAAAAUAUUGGAUUAAAGAAGCGGUGUUUGAUAAUGCCGUUAAAGCCGAAGCAUCACUUGGAAAUAUAUGGUCAAAACAUUAUACAAACUAUUCAGAAAUUGGAAGAAAAGUUUAUUACAGAUCUAGAAAAUCAAAACUACGUGGUCCUCAAUGUAGUGCAGGUGUUUAUUUAUUCUAUUAUGUAGAGAGUGAUCAAGUUUCUGUUUAUAAAACUGAAGCUGACCACGAGCAUCAUGAAGGAAACGUGCGUGGUAUUGAUGAAAAUGUGAAGAAAUGUAUUGAAGAUUUAUUUAAUGAUGGGAUAACGAAACCAAAACAAAUUAUUCGUGCAUUACAAACAAGAAAUUUUGAAUUACCAUCAUAUGUACAAAUUAAAAAUUUUUUUGUUCAAUAUAAAAAAAAGAAAUUUGGUUCAUAUAUUGUAAGUUUAGGUGAAUUAGAACAAUGGUGUGAACAGAAUGUUAAUAUUCUAACUGAUGAAAAUAAAUACUUUGUUGUUUCGUAUAAAAUAAUGUACAGUGAUGAAGAAGAUGAAAAUGAAGAAGAUGAGGAAGAUGUUGAUGGAAAUAAAUUUCGUGUAUUUUUAUCAUCUGUACGCUUGCUCAAUAUUGCAUCAAUAUCAUCACAUAUACAUGCUGAUGCAGCAUAUAAAUUAAUUUGGCAAGUUUUUCCAGUACUUAUAACUGGAACAACUGAUUUAAAGAAGGUUUUUCAUCCAUUUGGAUUAGCUAUAUGUUCAAAUGAAAAAACGGAAGAUUUCGAAUUCAUUUUUAAUAGUAUACAAAUUGGCUUGGAAAAAACUAAGAAAGAUUUACUUAAAUCAUCAGCAUUAGUGUCUGAUACUGCCGAUUCGAUUAAAAAUGGUUUUAAGAAUGUAUUUAAAGAUGGGUAUAAUCAAAUUAUGUGUUGGUCGCACAUGAAAAGGAAUGUUCAAAAUCAUAUAUGUUAUAUAGAUGAUAAAGCUGUUGCUGAUAAAAUUAUGAAUGAUAUUGAAAUGCGUCAGUUAUCUAAUUCAAGCACUGUAUUCGAAUUAGUAUUAACAUUAUUCAUGAAGAAGUGGAAGACAAACAACAGCCAAAAAAGCCAAUCAAUCAUAGAUUUUUUAGAUUAUUUUAAUAAUUAA